AUGCGCUUGGUAUGCGUAAGAUAUGAACCAUGAGGGAAGAAAUUGAGCAAGCCUUCAGUCUGUUUCGUUGUACAACAAGCAAUACAGAGCAAUGGAAGGAAUAAGUUAAUACAAUAGAAAACUGUCAAUCAGUCUAACAGAGGCGAGGCCAGAUCUACAUUUGUCUUCCAUUUAAAAACCCUGGUUAUGGGAUUGCACAACAAACAAACAAGUCAAGACGACCGCGCUCUUGCUCAGAGAUCCAAGAUCCUUUUUGGCGGCAUCAACAUGGGCUAACUAGUCCUUUGAUAAUCCUUUUUUCUAGUACCUACAUCUCUGAAACUUCAAUGAGAGUACCGGGGCUGUAGCCAAUGUGGUAUAACCAUGACUGACUAUUUUCUAUCCAGAUUAUUCACUUGCACCUUCUUACAGUAAAUCAGUUGAUUGAUCAGGAACCGCUACGAUAGCGAAGACAUCUCUCGAUCCAAACAAAACGAAAACAAAAGUGCUGGAUCAUCAUGGGAUUGUUCCGGUCUUCCGAUGGAAUGCGUUUUAACCCAUUGUGGCACUCUUUCUCCCUCCUACUUACCCUAAUAUCGUUCAUCUUACUCAUGGUCGUCGUCUUCUACAAUGCUCCGAUUGACCAUGCCCACUCAACGCUGGAGGGUAAGGUUGGCCUCAGGAUGUGGUUCUUGACUGUCAACGAAACGUCAUCAAGUUUUCCUACCUGGACAAUAGGCACCAAAAGGUACUACGAUGCUGGAGAAGGAGAGGUGCCAGGAAGAGGGAUAGGAUUAGCAGCACCGGCUAGAAAUAAAGAAAGGGCGGCAGAUACGGGUUCUGGUGGUGAUGGGGGGCUUCACGCUUAUGGGUUUGGGAUCUGGGGAUGGUGUGAAUGGACAAACUCCAGAUGGACGGGUGACGCGGUUUGUACGAGGAAGACUGGUUACAAACUGCCAGACGACUCAGACAGCAGUUGGGAUUCCAUUUAUGAACUAGAGUUACCUUAUGCUGUCACCCAUGUCCUGUCAGGUGCUGCCAUACCCAUCCUCAUCACCCCCUUUGUGGUCCUUUCCUACUUUAUCAUUCUGUGCCUUGCCAUUCUAUUCCCCGGACCUUACCCCCCUUGGCCCGUCCCAAGCAAAUAUCCAGCAGAAGUCAAACAUUACCGUACCCGUUGUGCCUGGCUCCUACGCGACUGGCGUUUCAAUCUCUACUAUUUCCUUGCCAUGUUGGUUCUGGGAUUGAGUAUGAUUGUGACUGUUUUGGUUGGAAGGGGAAAAGUGAAUACUGAGGGAGGGGGCUUGAAGGCACGGCCCGGAACCGGGUUUGGAGUCUUUUUUGCAGCAUGGGCAUGUUGGAUUUGUUCACAGAUGCUUUGCAUGUGGAAGACAGGCAUCAUCAUGCGACGUGAAGGUAAGGAAAGGACCAAAUACUCCAAAGGCUAGAUGAUUGCACCAAAUCGACGACAGGUAUUCAGUUUGCUAGAUUGCCAAGGUUGUACCACAUAAUGCACGAUCACAAAAGUUGACUAUAUUAGUUCAUGGAGCCCGCUAUGCCGUCGAUGCUCAUGAACACAACUGAUUCCUUUCCAGUGACACUUUCGUCACCAUUUCUUUUGCAAACUGUUGAUGAAAGGUUGGCAAACUCCUUUGACUCUCCUAACAUGAGGGACCGAGGCUGUCUUUCCUUUCUGCCAAAACAUCACAGCUGUUGCACUAACACUUGUUUCUCUCCAAGCUAUUCUAGUUUUGUUCAUGCAAUCA